UAAUAAAUUCAAAAUUCCGCCACUAACGAUAAUGUCGUCUCCGCACGAGGACGAAGAUCAGGAUCUUGAUCAGGAGAUUAACGUGGAUGCCGACUCUGACUGUCAAUCACGCGUAUCCUACAACAGUGGAUCGGAAGAUAUUGACCUGGAUGGAGAUGGAAAUGGAUCCUGUUACGAAGAGUCCGACAUUACAAGUGAUCAUCAAACACACACGACAGAACCGACAACACGAUCACCGAAUGAAAACCUGCCAUUCAGCAUAUCGAGGUUACUGGGCAAAUCGUACGAUCGUGACCAGAAGGAUAAGGAUGUAAACAGUGAGGACACAAGUCCCGAGGGACUCAUCAAGAAUGGACAUCACAUUACAGUCAGUUCAGCAGGAAGCUUACAGUAUGCCGCUGGAGCGCUAUACAGUUACCCCAUGUACCCGGCUGGACAUGUUCUUCGAGUGCCUCCCCAGCGGGGACCAUGCAAUCCAUUGUCCUGGACCCUGCCUCCACUUCAUCCUGCCGCUCUCGCUCAUCAAGCAGUAAAGGAUCGACUGGCCGCGUUCCCCAUCGCCCGUCGCAUUGGCCAUCCGUACCAGAAUAGAACACCCCCGAAGCGGAAAAAGCCACGCACCUCCUUCACCCGGAUUCAGGUCGCGGAGCUGGAAAAGCGGUUCCAUAAACAGAAGUACCUGGCGUCAGCGGAACGAGCUGCCCUUGCACGGGGUCUAAAAAUGACCGACGCUCAAGUGAAAACCUGGUUCCAAAAUAGACGCACAAAAUGGAGGAGGCAAACAGCGGAAGAGCGAGAAGCUGAGCGGCAAGCAGCAAAUCGGCUGAUGCUUUCACUACAAGCAGAAGCGCUAAGCAAAGGUUUUGGCCAACCACCACCAUCGGCUGCUGCUCCUUCCUCUGCAACACCCGGCGCUCCUUUGGCAGCGCUCCAUGGACUACAACCAUGGGCCGAGGCACAUACGGCUGGAUGUUAG